AGAGGAACUCGUCCCUUGUUCCUGUACCUCUAGCAGAAGCACGACUUUUAGGACCAGGUGAAGAUGCCUGCUUUAGACAUGGAGCUAUUAGGAAACUAGUACUUCAUAAUUUCCUCACUUUUGAUAAUAUUGUCCUAGAACCAUCACUUCAACUUAAUUUAAUAGUUGGACCAAACGUUACUGGUAAAUCAAGUCUUGUUCGUGCCAUAUGCCUUGUUCUUUGUGGCAAUACCUCUGCCCUUGGACGAGCAAAAGAUGGGAGUGUUCCACUCAAGUGUCAUGUGACAAUUACCUCACCUCGUUUUAUUUUGUAGUUGAAGGAUUUUGUGAAGAGUGGCCCAGCAAAGGAAGGGUAUGUUGAGAUUACAAUUCAUCACAGAAGUGAUAAUCACCUCACCAUUAGAAGGUAUAUAUUCAAGGACAGGAAUAAUUCUAAAUGGCUUCUUAACGGAGUUGACAGGAGAGAAAUGCAGGUUAAAGAUGUUGUACAACUGGAGAACAAGUGCCAAUUUCUGCCACAAGUAUGGCGUACAAUCUCCAGUUUAUUUUAAGGAUAAGAGUGGACGACUAGUAUUAUCACCAAAAGUUGAUGAUUCAAACACACUGCACUGGACUGAAGGUUCUAUUACAUUUACUGAUCAUAGUAUUACAGUGAAAACUCAUCAUUCAACAUCACUAGCCCAUCCUCAUAAAAUAUCACUUGAACUAAACCAGUGCACUCCAAUCAAACCAAGUACUGGUGAUCAUCGGAAGGAAGGAAAGACAACAUCAAAAGAAAUAAUUAAAGUUUUGAGAUCAGAAGAGAAAGCAAAACGUGAUAAAAACACUAGUGAAAUGUUAAUUGAAGAAUUCAAGCAGCAGGAACACACUUUAUAUACAAUAAUUAAUAAAAUGCUUGACAUUGGAAUAAGAGAUUAUUGAUGAGUUGUUUUUGUACUCUA